AGCUAGUGUCCGACUGCGUGUCAACUUACAGGGAGAGAGAGCUAAACCCGUUCUCCUCAAAACUUCGAAAAACACCUAAAUACAGAGUCCACUUCACAACUACGAAACCGCUGCAUAUAUUCUCUUUCUCUCUCACACACUCACACACUAGCUCCUCCGUCAUCCUCCCCCUCUUCCUCCUCCACAUUUUCAGUUACUAAUCGUACUCCAAAUAAAUCACCGAACCCACCCAAAAAAGGGAAAAAAGUAAUCCAAAAACCAAACUUUCAAAUUUCGAAAAACCAUACCAUUUAUAGACUCUGCUCACCGAACCAUAUUAUGUAUGUAGGCCUCCUUUUAGAUUAUCAAUUUUCAAUCGCCUGCUGCAGUUGCUGCUAUCUCUGGAGUCAGAGAAACCCGACCCGGAUUAUAUAAUCACAGACCCAAUUUGAUUUCCUUCGAUUCUUCCGGCUCCAGUAGGGUUUCAAUAUGGACAAAGAAGAUGUGCAAAUGGAGGAAGCUGAGACACAGUCUCAUAAAGGAUUGGAUAGCGGCAUAGAAGCUUCAGAAGAUGGUGUCCCAGGUGUUAAAGAAGCUUCAGGAGAUGGUGGUGCAGAUGUUAAAAAAGUUUCAGAAGAUGGCGUUUCAGAUGGGGAGGAACCCAAACUUGCUCAUCUGCAAGAACCUUCUUCUACUCCUGCAGUUACUGAUGACAACAAAAAAUCCCAUGAGAUAGGAAACGAAGAUGGACAGCCUUCAGUCGAUGAUACUGUUGUAAAGAAGCAAGGUAGCGCUACAAUUGAACCACAGGAGCAAAGCCAUCCCAAGUUUCAGAAGGGAAAAGAAGGUGGUGUUGAAACAGAGGUAGGUGACCAGAUCAAGGGGUUUCAGGGGAUCCAGCCUGAGGAAGAAAUAAAGGAUAUUAAAGAGGCAAAGCAAGAAACCAGCCUUCCUGCUACUGAAACUGCAACCAAGGACGAAUCAGAUGUUGUUAGUGCAAUAAAAGAUCAAAGCUCUGCUGAGAAUGGGAAACAGGAUGAAGGUGCUAGAGACAACGUGAUGGCUGACGAAACUACUCCACAAAUUGCUGUGGAGGAGGCCAAAAAUCAGAGCCAUGACGGAGAGCUGCCAUUUCAGUUACCAGUUAGUGAGGUCCCCCCAAAAAAGAAGGAAGCUUUGGAUGAGGCUCAUCAGAUUGAGGGUGAGAAAAUGGUCAAGGGGCUUGGACAGGAGGUUCACCCCAGUGAGACUGUAGAUCUGGUAAAGAAAGAACUUGAUAACCAGUCAGUCCUUUCGGCCGCCGCUCAUGACAAGACUCUGACCCAAGCAACCAAGCAUGAAGUUGGUGACUCUUCAUUUGGAAAUAAGCGUCAACCCGUGACACCUGAUUUCCCUUUGAGAUAUUCAAGCAGGAGAUCAGCAGCCUAUAGUGUGAGUGGGGAAGCAAUCAAGAACGUAGUCAACAAUGCUAAGAUCACAGAUAAUGAGGAUGGGACCCCUGAGCAACAAGCAGCAUUUCUCAAGGAACUUGAAAACUUUUACAGGCAAAGGGGUGUGGAAUUUAAACAACCCAAAUUCUAUGGGCAGCUACUUAAUUUAUAUAAGUUGUGGACGUCUGUUGUUAAAUUGGGCGGCUAUGAUCUGGUUACUGGAACUAAGUUGUGGCGGCAAAUUGGGGAGUCAUUUAAUCCUCCAAAGACUUGUACAACUGUUUCCUGGACAUUUCGGAUUUUUUAUGAGAAGUCGCUGCUGGAGUAUGAAAAGUUCAAAGUGCAAAAUGGCGAUAUUGAACUCCCUUCUGCUACUCUCGCUGAACCAUCAAGUGCUGACAACGAGGGGAAUGGUUACCAAGCUCCUGGCUCUACCAGAGCCAGGAGAGAUGCAGCUGCUCGUGCAAUGCAAGGUUGGCAUUCUCAAAAGCUUCAUGGUUAUGGUGAGGAGAAGAGUCCCAACAGUAUGCAAAAGCGUGAAAACAAGGUCAAAAGCAUAGGUAAAGUAGUAUAGAAGUCCGUCUUCUGAGAUUAAGCUGUUUCAUGGUUUGCAUUAUUGAACAAAGUAAAGGCAAUCAUAUGCAACAUGUCCUUUAAUAAGUUUGACUACCAAUUGUUCUCUUUCCCUCUUCGCUAUUAUUAAAAUGAAAUGAGAAAAAAAAAAAGAAGCUUUAAAAGAGUCCACGUGGAAUAUCAAUAUUGCCUUAUUUUCCUUUGUCCAAUUCUUAAUUCUGUUCGGAAAAUGUCCUUAGAUUAACGCAGAUGACUUUUUUUCUUUUCUUGCAUGCUAUUGUUAAAUAUUACAUGAAUAUAUUCAUUGUAUUUUUUCUUAGUAUUAUUUUUUUUAAAAGGUAGUUAAAAAUUUUGAUCAAUUGAGUUCCUUCUUUUGAGUCAGGUUCGCUUAAGCAGAAGAGACCAAAUGAGCCAGAGCUUCCCGUGAAGACACAGAGAACUGAAACAUCCAAACAGUUAAGUUUGGUAGUCACUAGUUUCGCUUUUGUUUAAUUUGAUUGUUUAUUGGUUGGACUAGUUUUUGAUUGGUGAGUUGAUAGUAUAAAACUUUGUUACUCUUUGCGUUGCUUUGUUGACACUUUUAUUUGGAUUGGAGAAGUUGGGAUAAUUUUCAGUUUUCCCUGUAUGCUUAAAGUUGCCGGAAACUGCAAGUUAGAAAUUAUCUUGAAAAUAGUUUGCAAUGAGAAUUAUGAAAAAAUUCAUAUGCCUGGCGGAGACAUGGACCAAAUAAAUCCUGAGCUCCAUGUAUUGAUUAUAGAAUUUAGUUUAAGAUACUUUGGCUCGUACAUGGCUUGCUGGUGUAAGAUGACAGCUUUCUGGUAAUUGUGAUGAAGAUGCUCUGUAAACAACAAUUGAACAACAUAAGAGGCAUUUGUAUUUCUCUAGACUGCAAGACUAAUUUAGGACCCUUUCUGCGGAUUGUCUUCUAAUGCUCAAUGACUUCUGCUUGUCAGAUUGGUUACAACUGUGGUUGAUGUUGGUCCUGCUGCUGAUUAUGUGAAGAUAAAUAUUCGUGAAACUGUAAGUUUUUCAUGGAUAUGGAUGGACGGUGAAUAACAAUUGUUCAGUCUUUCUAUUUUUCGCCCUUCCCUCUGAGCGUUUGAUUUUCUUUAUUUGCAGAAAGAUUGCUUUGAAAUUUAUGCUCUUGUUCCCGGGCUUUUACGUGAAGAGGUAUGUAUUCAUUUGUACCGACCCUAUUUAUCAUCCCGGUUUUAGCUGGAGUUAAAAGUCUUGGAGAACAUGACUUAUGUUUAUGAGAAGAUUCCACUUUUUUGUGGUUGUUCUUUUUUGGUAGUUGUAUACUUGUGCUUGAUAUGUAUUUUAUUUUGUUCUGGUAAUUUGUGAUCUUGAUUAUGACAUCGUUGUUGGAAGAAUGAUAGUCAUCUGCAGCUUUUCUUUUGCAAGAGCUAACUUAAGCUGAAUCCUUUUGAUAUUUUUGCACUCAUUGAGGUUUAACCCUAUUAAUUAUGAGGAAUGCUCUGACAUAGAAACUUUGGAGCGGAAUAUCUUUGUUAUUUAUUGCAUUUAUUUGUUAUGAAGUCUGAUGGAUUGUUCAACAUGGCGUUCUCGAGGUUGGUUACUGAUGGUAUCUAGGGUUGUCGCUCAUGCUCUUAUAAUUAAAUGAAUUCAGGUGCGGGUUCAAUCUGACCCAGCUGGACGUGUUGUCAUUACUGGUCAGCCUGAGCAGAUUGAUAAUCCAUGGGGCAUUACACCCUUUAAAAAGGUUAGUCUUUUUCUUGUCUGCUAAUUUAGGACAUUCUAAACUUACAAAGCUACAGUUUGUGGGACAGAAACCGAAAUGCAACAAUUCCUAGUGUGGGUUUGGUCCAUUCAUUCUCUUGAUUGUGUACAUUUGUCCCCUUCUAUUUUCAGGUUAUCACUUUACCUGCCAAAAUUGAUCCACUUCAUACUUCCGCUGUUGUUAGCUUGCAUGGGCGUCUCUUUGUACGUGUCCCUUUUGAGCAGUCAAGUUAGAGAAGUGGAUUUUUAAUCUUUUGGAGCUGAUAGUAGAGAAGGAAAAUUUCCUUGAGGUAGUUCCCAUGCUUCCUUGAUUUGGCUUCUUUUACUCGUAAGAUGGGGUUGAUCUAGGUUAGGUGUUUAUGUAACUUUGUCCAUUUUCAUGGUUGCAGAAUAUUCUUGCCGUUAGUAGUGACUUAGUUCUUGUUGGCUUAAGAUGUCAAUGUGUUAGGAGGAAGGUUUUCUCCGUUAGGCUCAUCAUCGAACUGUUGUUUAGGACUAAUUUAGGGCUUUUAUGUAAUUUUUACAUUUUUUUUAAUCCGACCUCUCUUCCUUUCUCUCAAAUUUUUUUUUUUUUUGUUGGGGUUAUAAUUUAAUGUCAAAGCCAUCAUCAAGGGCAUAAUUUACAGAGAAAAUGGCCUUUUGCACUCUAGAAGAACCAGACUUGUAUGUAGUCUUUACCAUACUGUGCCACAUGGUACAUAAGUCACAAAUCAAAGUACGUACUACUGUUUGUUACUGGGACCAAGUUAGUUUGAUGUUUUAGUACAACUUAUCUUUUGAAAAACUGCAAAAAUGUCCA